CGGUUUUACGUUCUGCCGUGCGUGGCAGCGCUCCUUAAAUAGCCGGAGCCACGACACCUCGUCUCCCAGAAAGCAUUGAGUCGGAGCAGAUGGGGAGGCUUUCUAAGCCCUUGGUGGAGGUUCUAAUCGCUCUCGCCGCGGUGAUCGGCAUCGGCUUCGCGCUGCUGCAGUGGUUCCUGGUCUCCAAAAUCAAGCUCUCCGAGCAGCCGGCGAAGGGGGGGAAGAGCAAGACGGACGACGGCGUCCGCGAUGACGACGAGGAAGGACCCGAGGGAUUCGAGGCCGUCCGAAAGUGCUCUGAGAUUCAGAAUGCCAUCACCGUUGGUGCUACUUCAUUUCUCAUCACUGAAUACAAAUAUCUUGGAGUUUUCAUGCUUGUUUUUGCUAUUAUGAUAUUUCUCUUCCUUGGAUCGGUGAGAAGCUACAGCACUCACUCUCAGCCCUGUCACUACAACAAGAAUCAGAUGUGCAAAUCGUCCUUGGCGAAUGCUGUAUUCAGCACAUUGGCUUUCCUUCUUGGCGCUCUAACUUCAGUUCUUUCGGGUUUUCUUGGGAUGAAAAUUGCAACUUUUGCUAAUGCCAGAACAACACUGGAAGCAAGAAAAGGUGUUGGAAAAGCUUUUUCUGCAGCCUUCAGGUCUGGUGCCGUCAUGGGUUUCCUUCUUGCAUCCAGUGCGCUCCUUGUUUUAUAUAUCACAAUCAAUUUGUUCAAGAUAUACUAUGGGGAUGAUUGGGAAGGUCUCUAUGAGUCAAUUACAGGUUAUGGACUAGGUGGUUCCUCAGUGGCGCUCUUUGGUAGAGUUGGAGGAGGUAUAUACACUAAAGCAGCAGAUGUUGGUGCUGAUCUUGUUGGCAAAGUUGAAAGGAAUAUUCCUGAAGAUGAUCCAAGAAAUCCAGCAGUGAUUGCAGACAAUGUGGGUGACAAUGUGGGAGAUAUUGCAGGCAUGGGCUCUGAUUUGUUCGGAUCUUACGCAGAGUCAUCUUGUGCCGCGCUUUUUAUGGGUGCAAUCUCUUCGUUUGGCCAAACUCAUAACUUCUCAGCAAUGUCUUACCCUCUGCUGAUCAGCUCAAUGGGCAUCAUUGUUUGUUUGCUCACCACCUUGUUUGCCACCGACUUCUUUGAGAUCAAAGAUGUUAAGCAAAUAGAACCUGCAUUGAAAUGGCAAUUGAUCAUCUCCACAGUCCUCAUGACUGGAGGAAUUGCCAUUGUUAGCUUUGUUGCACUACCACCGAAAUUCACUCUUUACGAUUUUGGUAACCAGAAGAUUGUGAAGAAUUGGCACCUUUUCUUCUGUGUAUCGGUGGGGCUUUGGGCAGGUCUCAUUAUUGGUUACAGCACUGAGUAUUUUACAAGUAAUACAUACAAACCAGUUCAGGCUGUCGCAGAUUCUUGUCGAACAGGGGCAGCCACUAAUGUCAUCUUUGGUUUGGCUUUGGGAUAUAAAUCAGUCAUCAUCCCGAUAUUUGCUAUAAUUGUAGCGAUUUUUGUUAGCUUCAGCUUGGCUUCCAUGUAUGGAGUUGCGGUUGCAGCUUUAGGAAUGCUUAGCACAAUAGCCACUGGCCUCGCCAUCGAUGCUUAUGGACCCAUAAGUGACAAUGCCGGUGGAAUUGCUGAGAUGGCUGGGAUGAGUCACAGUAUUCGCAAGAGAACUGAUGCUUUAGACGCUGCAGGCAACACCACUGCUGCCAUUGGCAAGGGAUUUGCCAUCGGAUCGGCCGCUCUCGUGUCUCUUUCCUUAUACGGAGCCUUUGUCAGCAGGUCAGGCAUUGACACAGUCAAUGUGUUGACCCCGAAGGUGAUCAUAGGACUCGUCGCGGGAGCCAUGCUUCCCUACUGGUUCUCCGCUAUGACCAUGAGGAGCGUGGGCAGUGCAGCACUCAAGAUGGUGGAGGAAGUCCGGCGCCAAUUCAACACCAUUCCAGGUCUGAUGGAAGGCACCACCCAGCCGGACUAUGCCACAUGCGUCAAGAUCUCAACCGAUGCCUCAUUGAGGGAGAUGAUUCCACCUGGUGCUCUCGUUAUGCUCACCCCUUUGAUUACGGGAAUCUUUUUUGGGGUGGAGACCCUCUCUGGCGUUCUUGCUGGUGCACUGGUUUCCGGUGUGCAGGUUGCUAUCUCAGCUUCAAACACCGGUGGUGCUUGGGAUAAUGCAAAGAAAUACAUAGAGGCAGGUGUUUCUGAUCAUGCCAAGUCACUGGGUCCAAAGGGUUCUGAUGCCCACAAGGCUGCUGUAAUUGGCGACACAGUAGGGGACCCCCUCAAGGACACAUCCGGCCCCUCCCUCAACAUCUUGAUCAAGCUCAUGGCUGUUGAGUCGCUCGUGCUUGCCCCCUUCUUUGCUGCCCACGGGGGUCUGCUCUUCAAGUGGUUCAGUUAAUUCUCAACUCAGAUGGAAAAUCUGAGAUGUUUUAGCGACUUGUAGUAUGUUUCAACUCUCAAGCAUAUGGCGGUGAGGCUUCAUCUUUCAACAGCCUCUCGACCUCUUCUUUUAGUUUGCAACCCUUGGGAUAGUGACUUCCUUGGAACUCUGUUUUUAUGUAUUGUUGUAAAAGCAAGUUUAUAUGAAUCUGUCGAGUGGAAUAACAGGACUUGAGAUGCAGAAAAGAUUUAGGUCGUAGAAUUGCUUAACUCUUGCUGUUGUUGAUUCGGUAAUGAUAACAAUAAGAUCAUUUAGUAUGGAAUUUCAUGGUAAAA